AAACUGGAUAUUUAUUCAAGUGAUAUUGUAAAUUCUUAAACUGUUGUGGUUUGAAUUUUAUAUAAACACACUUGGACGUCGUAACAUUUCAUUUCAAUAUGCCAUUAUAACAAGAAAGAGGUGGAACAACGUGUUUUUUGUUUACGUGUUCCUUUGGUGAAUAAUCUUGGACAGCGUCUGACAAACUAAAAUUAGUGAAAUGGAGAACCACGCUGGGGAGGAAGGUAUGAAGAUGGUCAACCACACGGAAGAUGUAACAGUGGAGGAUCCAGUUGUUGAAGAGGCGGAUUUUGACGGGCUUAUUUAUAAAGUUACAGAUAAUCCGCCCAUGCAUCUCACCAUUUUAUUUGCAUUCCAGCAAGCUUUGCUUUCCUUAGCGAAUCAGUUAGCCCUGUCUCUGAUGGUAGCAGAGGCUGUUUGCGGGGACAAAAAUCCAGAAUUUAAGACAAAGCUUCUGAGUACAACACUGUUCAUGGAUGGUAUCACCACCCUGGCUAUGGUACUGAUUGGCGUCAGGUUACCCUUGUUUCAAGGUGCCGCCUUUGAGUACGUGGUACCCCUUCUUGCUCUUCAAACUCUUUACCCCGAUAGAUGUGAUGCUGGGAAAUCUACGGUUACGACACUCUUUAAUGAGACGACUGGUAUAAAUACUACAAUCGUAAUAAACUCCACUAUGGACGAAUGGGAAUUAAUUAUGUCACAUGUUCAAUACUUACAGGGAAGUCUAAUGUCAGCUGGCUUCAUCCAUUUCCUGAUAGGAGCUACGGGACUCGUAGGACUGAUUUUAAACUUUGUUGGUCCUGUCACAAUCGUUCCCACUAUUCUAUUGAUCGGCAUCUACAUGCAGAGAGCGGCCGUUAAGUUUGUUUCAGUCCACUGGGGUAUUGGCUUACUUACAGCGGGUUUGGCUGUUAUAUUCUCUCUAUACCUGGCUCGAUGGAAACUUCCUAUUCCAAUGUGGACGAAGAAGAGAGGCUGUCAUGUUAUGCGAUACCCGCUACAUCAAGUUUUUGCGAUUCUGAUUGCCAUGUUGAUCGGCUGGGGAGUUAGUGGUGUAUUUACAGCCUGUGGAUUACUAGAAGGUAAUGAUUUGGCCAGAACAGACCUAGGACACGAAGCUAUUGCAGAUGCCAACUGGUUUUAUUUUCCAUACCCAGCUCAAUUUGGCCCUCCAGACUUCAGUGUUAGCGUGUUCAUAGGGUUCCUUAUAGCCACUCUCAUUUCUGUGUUAGACUCCAUUGGAGAUUAUUACGCAUGCGCAAAAACAUGUAAUGUUCCACCUCCUCCUAAUCAUGCGAUCAACAGGGGUAUUGCCGUAGAAGGCAUCUGCACUUUCUUUUCCGGAAUAAUGGGAUGUGGUCAUGCUACCUCAACGUAUGGUGGCAACAUUGGAGCUGUCGGAAUAACCAAGGUUGGAAGUCGACAAGUGUUUUUAUUCUGCGGAAUUCUCUAUAUCGCCUUUGGUCUGGUUGGGAAAUUUUCUGCAGUGUUUAUCACCAUUCCCCAUCCCGUACUGGGCGGGGCUCUCAUUACCAUGUUUGGUAUGUUUAUUGGAGUAGUACUGUCAAAUUUACAGUACGUCAAUCUUACUUCUACUCGGAACCUUGCCAUUAUUGGGCUUUCCGUAAUAAUGGGACUUGCUGUACCAUAUUGGGUGGAGAAAACUCCCGAUGGCAUCAGAACAGGCAAUGAAAACGCUGACAAAAUUCUACGGACACUUCUUGGCAAUGCGAAUUUGACAGGUGCCCUUCUAGCGUGUUUCAUGGACAACACUUUACCUGGGACCAAGGAAGAACGUGGUAUUACAGCGUGGCAGAGUUCAGAGAAACCUGAGGACGGCACUGCCGGGCAUUAUACACAAGGAGAUAUUUCUUUAUAUGAACCUCUGCUUCCACAACGAAUCAAAGACUUACCAAUUAUGAAAUACAUUCCAUUCUUCCCCAAUCCCAAGCCCAGGCAAACAAAACAGGACGCGAUUAUGAAUGACGAAUUGCACACUCUGCCAUCAUUAUGAUGUCAAACCAGCUUUAGCCAUUUUCAAGAGAAUUUAGUAUAAAAGCCAAAGUGUUCACCAUAUCUAACUUGGAUAUCUCUGUUAUAAACCAAGUUAAUUCGCAAAACAAGGCAGAUCUAGGAUUGACUUUGAAUCUCAUUCCAUCAUGA